UGCUGGGUCCUGCUUUGUGAUUUCCCAGCUUCAUGUGUGUUCCUAGUCCCUGCCUGCUGAUCUCUCCCUGCUUUUUGCUUCAGACUUGCUGGCUCCUGACCACCUUUUCUCCUGACUCCAGUCCAGCCCCCACAUCUUCUGAUAGCUGCUCCUGACUUAUGGCUUUAGUUUAGUCAGGACCCACAUCCCAGUCCGGUGCUGAAUGCUCCCCUUCUCCCCACGGGCAGCACUAUCUGUGCCCCGCCAGGUCAUAGUUGGACGUCGGGCACCAUCGCUCCGGGAAGUGCUGCCUGGUGGUUCGGCGUGGACCUUGCUGCCCCCUGGUGGCAGGGCCAUGGCACUCUUUGCUGCCUCGUGGGUCUGGCUACUCCACACAGCCAUGUGCCUUGCCAACAGCCAGAACCCCAGCUACAGCACGGUGGUGGCCAAGAAGGAGAUCAGCAUGGAGGGAGACCUGGUCAUAGGGGGGCUCUUUCCAGUCCACGAGAAAGGCAGGGCCAGCGAGGACUGCGGCAAGAUCAAUGACCACCGGGGAAUCCAGCGCCUCGAGGCCAUGCUCUUUGCCCUGGAUGAAAUCAACAAGGACCCCAGCAUCCUGCCAGGGGUCACACUUGGGGCCCACAUCCUGGAUACCUGCUCCAAGGACACCUAUGCCCUGGAGCAGUCCCUGGAUUUUGUCCGCGCCUCCCUGACCAGAGUGGACGGCUCAGAGCACAUUUGUCCUGAUGGCUCCUAUGCCAUCCAUGAUGACGUGCCGACAGCAAUCACUGGGGUCAUCGGGGGCUCCUACAGUGAUGUCUCCAUCCAGGUGGCCAAUCUGCUGCGACUCUUCCAGAUCCCACAGGUCAGCUAUGCCUCCACCAGUGCCAAGCUCAGCGACAAGUCUCGCUAUGACUACUUUGCCCGUACUGUUCCACCAGACUUCUACCAGGCCAAGGCCAUGGCUGAGAUCCUGCGUUUCUUCAACUGGACCUAUGUCUCCACAGUGGCCUCAGAGGGUGACUACGGUGAGACAGGCAUCGAGGCCUUUGAGCAGGAAGCCCGUGCUCGCAACAUCUGCAUUGCCACCUCUGAAAAGGUGGGCCGCUCUAUGAACAAGAAGACCUUUGACGGGGUGAUCAAGGCCCUGCUACAGAAGCCCAGUGCAAAGGUGGUGGUGCUCUUCACCAGGAGUGAAGAUGCCCGGGAGCUGCUGGCAGCUGCACAGAGGAUCAAUGUCUCCUUCACGUGGGUGGCCAGUGAUGGCUGGGGUGCCCUGGAGAGCGUGGUGGCUGGAAGUGAGCCAGUGGCAGAGGGAGCUAUCACCAUUGAACUAGCAGCCUACCCCAUAAAGGAGUUUGCCACCUACUUCCGGAAUCUUGACCCCUACAACAACAGCCGCAACCCCUGGUUCCGGGAGUUCUGGGAGCACAAGUUUCAGUGCAGCUUCCACACCCAGGACUGCAGCCGGCACUCCCUGAAGACAGGCAAAUUCGAGCAGGAAUCCAAGAUCAUGUUUGUGGUCAAUGCAGUCUAUGCCAUGGCCCACUCCCUCCAUAACAUGCACCAGGCGCUAUGCCCCAAUGCCACCAAGCUGUGUGAUUCCAUGAAGCCCGUCAAUGGCAAGAGGUUCUACAAGGACUUCAUGCUCAAUGUCAAGUUUGAUGCUCCAUUCAGACCAGCAGACACCAAAAACAUGGUUAGAUUCGACCGAUAUGGUGAUGGAAUUGGCCGCUACAAUAUCUUCAACUACCACAGAGCUGAUGGGAGAUACCGGUACCAGAAGGUGGGCUAUUGGGCAGAAGGGCUUAUCCUCAAUAUCACCCUCAUCCCAUGGGUGAAGACCUCUGUUCCUGUGUCCCAGUGCAGCGAUCCCUGCAAGAAGAAUGAAAUGAAGAGCAUGCAGCCAGGAGAUAUGUGCUGCUGGAUCUGCAUCCCAUGCCAGCCUUACGAAUAUCUCCUGGAUGAAUUCACUUGCAUGGACUGUGGUCUUGGGUACUGGCCCAAUGAGACGCUGAAUGGCUGCUUUGAGCUGCCCCAGCAGUACAUCCGCUGGAAGGAUGUCUGGGCUAUUGGGCCAGUCACCAUCUCUUGCUUGGGUUUCAUCUCAACCCUUUUUGUCUUUGGGGUCUUCAUAAAGAACAAUAACACACCAAUUGUGAAGGCUUCGGGCCGUGAACUCUGCUACAUCCUCCUCACUGGGGUCUUGAUGUGUUACAGCAUGACCUUCAUCUUCAUCACAAAGCCCUCUACUGAGGUCUGCACUCUGCGGCGUUUGGGGCUGGGCACUUCCUUUGCUGUCUGCUACUCUGCCCUCUUGACCAAGACCAACCGGAUUGCUAGGAUCUUCAGCGGGGUGAAAGAAGGGGUUCAGCGCCCACGGUUCAUAAGCCCAACCUCACAGGUGGUCAUCUGUAUGGCCCUCAUCUCCUGCCAGCUAAUCAUUGUGAUCAUCUGGCUCAUGGUGGAGACCCCUGGCACGGGAAAGGAGACAGAGCCUGACAAAAGGUACAUUGUCACCCUCAAGUGCAACAACCGGGACUCGAGCAUGCUCAUUUCACUUACCUACAAUGUCCUCUUGAUCGUCCUGUGUACAGUCUAUGCCUUCAAGACCAGGAAAUGCCCCGAAAACUUCAAUGAGGCCAAAUUUAUUGGAUUCACCAUGUACACCACAUGCAUCAUCUGGCUGGCCUUCUUGCCCAUCUUCUAUGUCACCUCCAGUGACUAUCGGGUCCAGACCACCACCAUGUGUAUCUCUGUCAGUCUCAGUGGCACUGUGGUCCUUGGCUGCCUUUUCACACCCAAGCUGCACAUCAUCCUCUUCCAGCCUCAGAAGAAUGUCGCCAGCCACCGUGUUGCGACGAACCGGUUCAGUGCGACUGCCGCAGGCUCCAGCCACUCACAUGGGUCGGCCUCUCAGUACGUCCCCACCGUGUGUAAUGGGCGUGAGGUGGUGGACUCCACAACCUCGUCCUUAUGA